CUUUUUCUGUUUGAUUUUUUCAGUUUUUUUUCGUUUCGAUUCAGUUUCGGGUUUUUUGUUUUGCUUUGGUCGCUUUUAUGGAAAUCUUUCAGUACCGACUCGAUUGAUUAACGAAAUUGUCUUGAAUGGUCAGUCGAAACUUUGUCCCAACAAUAUCAAUAUUCCACAAUUAAAACUCACCCACUACAUCAGUUAAUCACAAUAAUGGCGAAAACAUGGGAUUGAUGAACACUGUAUAAUUUUUUUAUUAUUACUAUUUUAUCGUUUUCGCCGGUUUCGGCUUCUGUAUCGACUUGACCAAAAGGUAUAUUUAUUAUGAAUCAUGUUUUAGAAAUGGGAAAAGAAUGAACUCAACCCAUUUUGACCCAAAACCCAUUCCGAACGGGAUCCAAUCUGACCCGAACCCGUUUGGACGCCAAUCCGUUCCAACCCGACCCAAAACAACCCUUUUUUUAAUUUGACCCAUUUCGACCCUAACCCGUUCUGACUCGACCCGACCCCUUUGCCUGUCCUACAUAAGAGUAAAGUGCAGUUUUUUUAGUAUCAAAAGGCUAUGAAACUAAGCAAAACAGAUCAACUUCUGUUCUAUUAAAGCCUUUAUUUUUAUGCUUAUUAUAGUUUAGGAUGUAAAGUAAUAACAAAAGAAGUUAAGAAUAGAAAUUCAAGAUGUAAUUAGUUUAGUUGAUGGCUAUGCUUUAACAAAAAAAUGACUGCCACCUCUUAAAUAUUGAUUUUGUUUUCUUCUGUCAAAGUGUUUGUCAUUAUGUUUAUUUUAGUUUAGGAUGUAUGAUAGAGCAAAUUCUAAUUUCGUUAGCAUGAUUUGAUCAGAUUUUCAGUUAAUUAGAAUUGGCCUUACACUUUUUUGUUGUUCUUUUUUAUCAUUUGCGUGUUGAUUGGAUUAGAUUGUCUAUAUAUUACUGUGUUCGUUUUUUAUUAUCAUUCCGAGUAGUGAGAUACAAGUGCUCUUUUGUAAGUUGGUUCUCUCCAAUUGGUUCGCAAUCUGGUGUUUUUGUUCAUUUUAUAGUCGAAGCUUUUUUCCAUAUUAAGCCAGUGUUUGCAAAAUCAGGUUUGCAUAUGGCUGCACGUUCUUUCGAUAGAAAACGAAAGGCUCUUGCACUUGAAAAUUCUGGUGAGCAGUCUUUUUCAAAAGAACCUGCUGAUUUUGGUGUGCAAACAGUUGGUCAGUUGGUAAGGCGAUCAAGCAUGUUGCGGGCUACUGCUAAUCAACGUUCUAUACAAUCUCUAACUUCUGUCCAGCCUGAUAUGGAACAGUAUGAGGGUCCAUCAGCAUCAUCAUUUGAUUUGCAGUUGCCUGGCCCUUCAUACGUUGAUUUGGGAGAUUGUAUAAACUAAUGCGAACACUGUGGCGCAUUGUUUUGGUUCGAAGAGCGGCUGAAAUCGUCUCCUCUUAAACAAAGGCCUAGAUAUAACACGUGUUGCAAAGCAGGCAGUGUACGCAUUCCUUUUCCAGUUGAGCCACCAUCAUCAUUUGGUGCCGACGUUGAUGAUACAAUUAACCAUUCUGCUGGUCCGUAUGUUUUUAAGGUGGCCGGCCAAAUUUCACUAUGCCCUUCAGCGGGUGAGAAACCUAGGUUCCUUCAAAUGUAUGUCUAUGAUACACUGCACGAAGUUGAAAAUAGACUUCGUUUUUUUAAUAGUGAUGUUCAACGUCGAUUGUCCCCAGAUGUUGUCUCACUUCUUACGCGUACAUUAGCCGAAACCAAUGAAUUUGUACGCCUUUUUAAGAGUGCGGCUGAUCUUUGCUCCCAACAACAAGUACCUGAGUUUGCUAUUACCCUUUAUAACAAGUCUAAACAAAACAAAUACGGGUUACCUAUUGCGGGUACUCUUGGUGCUAUUGUACGAGACAAUGACCCUUUAGUAAGUGACUAUGAUAUUGUGGUACACGGUAAAGAUGGCAGAGCAAAGCGUGUAAGCAAGUUGCAUUCAUCAUAUAUGCCUCUUCAGUACCCGCUCCUUUUCCCUUAUGCGGAACCAGGCUGGUCUCCAGAACUUCAAUCAGAAGGCGUAAGCGACACCAAGAAACUCAAGUUCCCGGAAUAGGCCGCUAACAAAUACCCGCCCAACUAGCAGAAUGCAACCAACUGCAUCAGAAUGCACUACGUUUUGUACAUCUCAAUUAACUUAAGUAGUUGUUGUAAAUAAACUUAUGAUACGUUCCACAAAACCAUGGGCUGCCUUUUGUAUGUAGCAAUCACAUUUUGUAACCAAACCUUGCAAUCAGUUCUAUGAAA